AUGGCCCCCAGGAAACAAAAGCAGACGAAGACCAAGAAAAUCUUCAAGGACUGCACCGUAGCGAUCGGUGGCGACCUCGUAGACCCCCAAUGGCAAGACGCCUCUAAAGUCGCCAAAUGGACGACUAGCUGGGGCGGCACCUUCAACUACAAGAUGGACAACAGCGUCACGCACCUGCUGUGCACCCACGCCUCUUUCAAGAAAAAAAUCCCCGAGGUCAAGGUGGCGCUGAAGAACAAGCACACACACAUCGUCCUGCUUAACUGGCUGGAGGACUCAAUUUACGCGAAGAAGCGACUUCUGGAAAAGAAGUUCUCCCUCAAGGAGAAGCAGAAGGAGUCCAAUGCCAAGAUGCGACGCAAGCAGCAGGUACAGAAGGGCCUCGACCUCUCGGUUAAGUACAUUGAUCCCAACCUCUACCACAUUUACCGAGACAGCAUGUUCUUCGAGUACCAGGUGAAGCUCACCCGAGACGACGAGAAGAACGAGGACGUCGGCCAGAAAUACGUUUUGACGCUCUGGGAGUCCAACGCCAAGCCGCACCUCUACCAGACCACGGCCAAGUUCUGGAAGAAGCACCGCGACAACAAGCCGGCAGUGCUCCGAACCAAGGAGACCCCGCGGAAGUUCGACGUGGCCUUUGAGGACUUCAAGACCUUCUUCGAGAAGAAGACGGGCCUGCUGUGGGAUGACCGCAUUGCCAAGGCUGGCACCAUGCCGGCCGAAAAGUUCCAAUACGAGCCACCCACUGGCGGCAAGCCCGUGGGCCUGGUCAACGGCCGCACCCCCUCGCUCUUCGGCGACGGCAAUGUCAGGGCCCAACUACCCCUGCGACUGAAGGAGGCCGCGAAACAAGACGACGCCCGCGAGGACGUCGACGGUAGCGGGUCCAAGGAUGCGAUGGGCGAGGACCAUGGCCGUGGCCAGCCAAUGAAGAAAACGAAGAGAAAGUCGGGAGCUGAGGAUGAGAUGGGCAAGGACCAUGACCAUGGUCAGCCAAAGAAGAAGAAGACGAAGAAGAAUUCGGGAGCCCCGAAGAAGCAGUCUUCCAAAACGCUUACCCCUCCCAGCACCAGCAACGACGACGAAGGCGAGGAUCAGGACCAGGCCGACGACAUCAUGCUGGAUGCGGACGACGGCGGCAUGCAGCCUGAGCAGGCUCAAGCAGAAGAACAGGAGUUCGUGGAUGAGGAGAUGGCUGAGAUUGGCAAGGCCCUCAUUGCAGGCAUCCAGGCCGAGGAGAUGGCCGAGCUUGCCUCCAACAGCUUGCUGGUGCUGGCUCAGGGCGUCGUAGCUGGGGUCGGUGAUGCCCAGGACGCCGAGGCCGAGGAUCCUGAGGAUGAUGAGUCCGAGGCUUCGGAGGAGGAGUAA